UGUGUGUGUGUUAACUGCUGCCUGUUGAUUGCUGUGUGUGCGUGUGAAGAAAGAGCAAUAUUUAUAAGAAAUAAAUAUAUAUAUAUAUAAUGUUGUUGGUGGUGGCGAAAUAAACGAAAUAACGCCAACAACAAUUGUCGAUCGAUGAAACAACAGCAGCAACAUCAGCAACAGCAACAUCAGCAACAGCAACAGCCGCAUAAGAAAUAGUUUUUCCAGUGCAAAAACCAAAUGCCCAUUAUAUAAAUCAUCAUAAUCAUAAUCAACGAAAAAGUAUAAAAAAUUGUGUUACAAUAUCAACGUCGAGCACAUGCAAAUGCGUCAAGUGCUUUUUGCAGAUUCACUCAACGCAACUUAAAUCAAUUCAAUUCAAUUCAACGCGGUGUGGAUAGCAGUCUCUUUUUGACGGACUUGACGACUUUCCUUUGGCCAACAAAACUAAGCCAUGUGCCUGCUGCCAUAAACAAAGUCACGCUUCCUAAUUGAAAAGUGCCAGCUAAAUGGACGCGUAGCACGCGGCAAACUCAAAGUCCGAGUGAGUGAGAGAGAGAGAGAGAGAGAGAGGGAAUAGACGCGUUGCAUUUUUUGGACAUCAAGAGAGCGGAGCUGCCACAGAAGACACACGACUGCGACGACGACAACGACGGCGAUCGAGGCGACCGAAGCGAGCAACCAAAACAGAGGCCAAAAUGUGCAGCUCAACAAAAAUGGUUUACAGUUAUAGAAUUUUAUGGCUUUCCGGCGUUUUACUAGCUCACCUGUUGCUGGUGGCGAUUAGAGCCCAGGAGCCAGCCAGUCCAGUAUUUCAGAAUCACAAGACGAAGGAAUGGACGAAUUUAGAUAAUAUAACAUUCUCAUUCGAUUGCAAGCGGCGUUCGGUGGGCUUCUAUGCGGACAUGGAGUACAAUUGCCAGAUAUUCCACAUGUGCGAUGAGGAGGGCAAUCGAAUACCGCAUUUGUGCGCGAAUGAGACGAGCUUUAAUCAGGAAUACAGAAUAUGUGAUUGGGAUUACAAUUUUAACUGCACAGAGUCGCCGAAAUGGUUCUAUCUGAAUGAGUUAACUUAUGCCACGGAUCCGCCAGAUGAAGAUGAUGAGGACUACUAAAUGCAAUUAACUAAAUAUUUAUUGUCUUUGGGGAGCAAAAACAAAUUAAAUUAACUGUGUAAACUGAAGAAAACA